UUGGUUGCCUUCUGACCGACAGAUCGAACACGCCAAUCGAGCGCAGUGCACUCAAUCAAGUGAACAUACACACACAUCCCCUUAUCGCCAGGAAGUGGCAGGAUAUCAAAUCAGCGCAGCAGUGUCGAGUGUUUGUGCAAAUCAUUCAAAAAAAUAAAUACGAGAAAGGAAAUACCCAUCCCGAGCCAUGUUCAAGUUCGUGUGCCUUUUUGCGCUGAUUGCCUCCACGGCGGCGGCUACCUCGGAAGCGGACAGCCUGCUGACCAGCGCUUUGAAGAUGGUCAAGGACUGUGGCGAGCGUUCCAUGGUCUUGUGCAUGAAGGAGCGAGCCCUGCACUACUUCGAUGCCGAGAACGGGGAUGUGCGGCUCACCGAGGGCAUUGCACUGGUCAAGACCGAUGAGAUCCCGGUGGGUCGGUCCCUCAACGAGAUGCAACUGCCCGAAGAGGUCGAGGCCCGGGAGGCCGAGGUGGACUCUCUGCUGGUGGAGCGCGUUGCCCGCUUCUUCGGCACCCACACGCUGCAGUUUAAGGUGCCCAAAGACUCCAUCCAGGACAUGCAGCGCGCCCUCGAGGAAUCUCGCGGAAAGAAGAAGGAGAAGAAGAAGUACCUGAUGCCCCUGCUAAUGCUCUUCAAGCUGAAGAUGGCCGCCCUGCUGCCCCUGGCCAUUGGCUUCCUGGCCCUGAUCUCCUUCAAGGCCCUGGUCAUCGGCAAGAUCGCCCUGCUGCUCUCCGGCAUCAUUGGGCUGAAGAAGCUGCUCGAGUCGAAGAAGGAGAACUACGAGGUCGUGGCGCACCCGCACUACGAGCACGAGCACAGCUACGGCCGCUCGCUGCCGGCUGACGACUCCCAGGCCCAGCAGCUGGCCUACGCGGCGUAUAAGCAAUAAGCUGCAUGCCAAAUAUUCUGAAUGCUGAAUGCUGAGGCAACCGUAAUCAGUGCAAUACUCGGAGGGCCGUCUAAUUUAUCUAUUUAUUUAAUUUAUUUGUAUAGCAUAGUUCAUGCCAGGCUUACACACUUAAGGCGCCAUCAAGAGAAAUAGAAGGAAAGCUAAAUCCCGAACCCACACAAAUAGGUCUAAGGAAUCAGCAGCUGGGGGCUGCCGCCAGAGGGGAACACCUGGCGUCGUUUAAUCUAAUCUUAAAAUGGACUGCCACUCUCGUAUUAAUACUCAGAGCUUUAUUGUUUAAAACUCUACGCUUAACUUAACUUAACUCAACUGAACUCUUAACUAAACUAUGAAACUAAACUGCCUAACUCUGAACUGCCGCUAGGAGCAGCAAAAGCCCCCCUGGCCAAGCCCUCCCCCACACAAAUCAAUAAAAGAAAUGCCGCAUUUAUCUCGAA